ACUUGUUCAAUAAAAACAGUGAAUCUGUUGAGUUUUUGUCAGUGGACGUGGAGUCUACAAGUGCGAAACUAGAAGAGUGCCAUUGGGUGUUUUUGAGGUUGAUUUACUCCAGGGAUACAUUCCAAAAUGUUUGUGCUCACAAUUUUGAUUACUUAUGGGACGGUUUCCACAUUUGGCAAUAUUUUGAAAGCUGGAGAUAUGAGUGUCGAAAAUUUUAUUGAAAGCAAUGCUCAGUUUACUGCCGAUUUAUAUAAGGAAAUAUCAGGAUUGUCUUAUGGGAAAAGUUUCUUAUUCAGUCCAUUUUCAGUAGAAGAGAUUUUGGCUUCGGUAUGGUCCGGUUCGAAAGGAAAAACAGCUCUAGAAAUACAAAGGACUCUUCACUUACCAGAUAAAUAUGAGGAUAUAGAGACAGUAUUUCAGUCAAUUUUACCAAAGUUGAAGAGCAAUAACAAUUUAUACAAUUUGACACUGGCAAACAGAAUAUAUGUCAAAGAUACUUUCGUCAUUAACCCAAUCUAUAAGAAGAGAGCUAAACAAAUUUAUUCUGUUGACGUUGAAAAUCUCAAUUUUAAUGAAGCUGAAAUAGCUUCUGCGUACAUAAAUAGAUGGAUAGAAAAACAAACAAAUUAUAGGAUUAAUAACCUAUUAUCACCAGACGAGUUAACAGAUUUGACGCAACUACUAUUAAUAAAUACUUUGUAUUUUGGUGGAAAAUGGGAAAAAAACUUCAAUGAUCCUCUAACAACCACAAAAAAGAUAUUUUAUAAUAGCGCGGCAGAUAAAGUAGAAGUAGAUACAAUGUCAAUGAGAGAUACUCUCAGAUAUUAUGAAUGCCAUGCUGCUAAAAUCUUAGAAUUGCCAUACGAAGGUGAAGAAAUAAGUAUGAUUAUUGUUUUGCCCAAUGCAGCUGAUGGCUGGAAAAAUUUAACCAACUUCAGUGAUGACAUUUUUAAAUAUCCAAAUUAUACUCUGGAAUAUGUACAUGUUGAGUUGCCUAGAUUUUCUAUUAGCUACACGAUUGACUUUAAACAUACAUUACAAAAGCUAGGGAUAGUAACUGCAUUUAAUAAAGCCGAUUUUGGAAGAAUAAUCAAUAUCACUACAGAAGAUGUGGCUAUUAGUAGUGUACUGCAGAAAACUUACAUUAAUGUAACCGAAGACGGAACUGAAGCAGCCGUUGCAUCUUCAGGACUUGUUGCUUCACUGGCGUCUGUUAGCGAAGAGGAACCGACUAAAUAUUUUAUUGCAGAUCAUCCAUUUCUAUUUUACAUUCGUUCACCUUUUGGAAUUUUAUUUGUUGGACAAUACACAGGAUAAUAAAUAUUUCACCAGUAAAGUAAUAUAUA